AUGGCGGCGCGCCAAGCGGAACGGAUAACCGCGACGUCAGCGAAAGUAGAUGUUCUCGCCGUCGAUUCAAUUGCACCAGUUGCUCUUCCAACCGAAUAUUUUCAGAUUUUAGUUGGUGGAGGCAAGUCAACAGCUGAGCCACAUCGAACUGAGCUUGUGAGAUUAGGAAUUGCGAUCCCUGCUCCCAUUGUCGUUCCAGCAGCUGUUCCAUUGAAGAUGGUAGCGUAG